AUGACGAGCUUUUCUCAGUUGUCAGUUGUUGAACAACGCGGUGUUAAAGAUUUUACCGAGGACGACGAAAAUGUCCGGUCAGUACGACACUCUCGGAAGAAGGACCAGGGAAAGUCACCUGAGCGAACGGCACAUCUUGAAGGUCAAUCAACGAAGGAACAAAUCGCCGAACUUAUGGGUAACAUGGGGAUUAUUUUGGACGUAAGAGCGACAUGUCCGGGAUACGCACAGAAGGAAAGCCGUUUAAAGUCGUUUAAGAAAAUGCGCGAGAGGAACGGACACUCUGUAGACAUUCUUGCGACUACCGGGCUGUACAGGACUAAAGAUGGUUCGACCAAGUGUUUCCACUGUGGAGUUUUUAUAAACGUUCCCGAAGGAGCUGAUCCCUGGGGAUACCACAUCAAGAAUUCACCUUUCUGUGCCCAUAUGAGGAUGUGCAAGGGGGACAUGUUUAUAACAAAAGUUCUUAAAAGUGGAACAGGCAUAGCAAAGGAAGACAUACCGAUUUCGUUCAGGAAAAGCAGCUCAGAACAUCGAACCUGCAGUCCAGAUUUGACCGAGGCUCUUGAAGAAAAUCAGAGACUAAAAGAAAAUAUGUUAUGUAAAAUUUGUUUUGAUGAUAUCGCCUGUAUAAUUGUGUUGUCUUGUGGCCAUAUGGCAUCAUGUUCUCAAUGUAUAUCUGCUCUCAGAAACUGUCCGAUUUGUAGGUCAGAGGUUAAAGGGACAGUACGAGCGACACUUGUGCCUUCAGGGGCGUAA